CACGACCUCCUGUCUACAACCCCGGGUUUAAUAAUGAUUUUUACCCUGCUCGUUGUGACAACAUUAGCCAGCAUUUCGAAGUGGUGGAUUUGCGGAAGCUCGCUAACGAGGCAGAGCAGGAGAUGAGGGCCGAGCGGUUGCAGGAGGUAGAAUAUCAAAAGGAAAAAUCCCCCCUCCCCAGAUCGAAAACGAAAUUUGUGAUGCUGUAUUCGAGUACACAAAUCGACUUGUAAUGCUAGAAUGCCAAGAGACGCAGCUUUCGCCUCGUUUGCAGGCAAUUUGUCAUGCUGUUUCCGACUUCCAGCUGCCCCCUGUCAUGCUGAAGAGGCAAGGCUUUCCCACGCCAACCAGCACUACAGUCCGAAUCUUUUCCCUUCUAGCAUGAUAAAGCUGAUUUGCGACCACAAAUUUGCAUCACAAAUUUCUAGUUUGAAUAUGGGGUGGGGGGAUUUUUCAUUUUGAUAUAGAAGCCGUGGAGAACAAGG